AGAGACAGCGGAAAAGACGCACGGUUUGUUUCUCUCGACAAAAAUCUCUUUCCACCCGUGUGCACCAGCUCCAAACACCUCUUACAACCAUUUUUCUUCAUUCAUAUAUUCAUUCCCCAUCUCAUCUCAUCACACACAAAUCAACCUUCCCUCUGUAUCUCCUACUUUUUCUUGUCUUUUUAGCUAUUUCCCACAAUCACCAAUUACCAAAAACAAAAAGAAAUGGGUUGUGGGAAAUCUAAACACGAUGUUGCCUCAGAAAACACCAUUCUCAAGAGCAACAAAUCAAGUCUCGAUGAUUCCAAGGUUGUUCAGGAAAUUGGGACAGAAACCGUUGAUUUUGAGAGUAAUUCAAAAUUGGAACACAACAAGAGCAAUGUCAAAGAGGUUGUUGAUGAGUCCAAUGUUGUCGCUGCUCCUGAUGAAAUAACAAAUGUUCAACAGGACAAGGCAUUGGAGAAGAACAAAGAAGUUGAUGUUGUUGCUGAGAAUAAGACAGAGGAAAUUGUUGUUGCUGACCAGAAAGAAGUUUUAUUGGAAAAUAAUAACCAAAAGGAAGCUGUAGAAAAUGAAAAAGAGGAAGAGACUUUGGUCAAGGAAAUUGUCAAAGACUUGAAUCAUGAAGAGACUCUUGUCAAGGAAGAAAAAACCAAUGAGACAAAUGUUUUGAUCUCUGAAGGUGAACAAAAAGAUCUCAAAGCUGACAAGCAGGGACAGUGAAGAUAGAAAAUGAGACUAGAGACAACAUGCAUGGAUUGAUGGAGAUGACAGAGAAGUAGUAGAAAUUUCACUAGUAGCUUAGAGUAAUAUGUGAACCGUGUAUGUGUGCAAUGAUAGCUGAUAAGCUUUUGUUGAUUUUGUGUUGAACAUGGAUUGUAUGUUCCUUAUUCUUUAAGUCCCUCUCACAAGAGUUAUUAUUGAACUGAAAUACAUAUUAUAAUAAUCAACUUCCAUUCAUCUCAA